GUCCUCCCCAUUCAUAAAAAUGGAACCUCCGCAUUCAGCCCUCCCGAGUCGCUCAGCCCUCCCAUUCACAAAACAGAGCCGAGGCAUGCGCAGUGCCGUCCUUCUCCUCUCCUCUACCCUCCCAUUCAUAAAAUCUCUCCUCCCCCCCCCUCCUCCCCCCCUCCUCCCCCUCAGUGGUUUCAACAUCAGAUCCAAAGCUCUGCGUCCACAACCGCAGUCUCCGUUUACGCUGCAGCGAGUGGAGCUUUCAGGAGAUCUCAAGAAACCCUCAGACCGUCCCCCUCCCCGUUUGGACUUAUUCUAACAUCUGUGGACCUUUACUCUGUGCCUGGACUAUAACCUGCGCGCAGCCGUGGUGCGCAACGAAGAGAUGAGAGUUUUAUCCUGAAACCACUCUGCUAAAUGCUGCUUUAGAGUGAAGACGUGCGAGGCACAAGCCUACACAUGGAGUCCAGGGUUCCCCACCACAUCCCCGGAGUGUCCUCCUCCCUCAUAUCCCAGCCUCUGCUGGACAGUCGAGUGCCCUACGGCCGCCUGCAGCACCCUCUCACCAUCUACCCCAUCGACCAGAUCAAGUCCUCGCAUGUGGAGAAUGACUACAUCGACAGCCCCGCCGUCGUCUCCCAGCAGCCCCCGAGCCAGAAGUCUGCCAACCGAAGGAUCACCUGGCUGGGUCAGAAUCAAGAGGCCUUCCUGGGGGCGAACCACAACCACCAUCACAAUCAUCAACACCAGCACCACCAACAGGGCCGGUGUGAGCCCCACCCUCACCAGGACACCACCACCCAUCCCUGGAUCUCCUUCAGCGGGAGGCCCAGCUCUAUCAGCAGCAGCAGCAGUACCUCGUCUGAUCAGAGGCUGCUGGACCACGCUGCGCCCAACCCGACUGUGGACCACCACCCGACCCUGCAGCCCCACCAGGGCACCGUGAACACAAUCACCACCCAAACACCGGGCUGCUUUCCUUCUUCAGAAUCUAAAGUCCUCACCUCCUCCACGUCUCUCUCCUCCAAAUCUCUGGACCUCAAGUCUGCAAAGACGCCCGCAGGAGGCAUGUGCGCCACCGGAGGCCAGCAGGGGUCGGCGCUGAUCCCUUCCUCCCCGGCCGAGAAGAAGCACCUCCUUCUCUGCGAGCACUGCGGGAAGUGCCGAUGCACGGAGUGUACGCUCCCCCGAACCCUACCCUCCUGCUGGGUCUGCAACCAGGAGUGCCUGUGCUCUGCUCAGAGCCUGGUGGAUACAGCCACCUGCAUGUGCCUGGUCAAAGGGAUCUUCUACCACUGCACGGAGGACGAGGACGACGAGGGCUCCUGCGCCGACAAGCCGUGCUCGUGCUCCCAGGCCAACUGCUGCGCGCGCUGGUCCUUCAUGGCCGCCCUCUCUGUGGUCCUGCCGUGCCUGGUGUGCUACCUGCCGGCUACCGGUCUGGCUAAACUGGGACAGAAGUGUUACGACAAUGUUAGUCGGCCCGGCUGCCGCUGCAAGAACUCGCAGGCCGGCGUGAGCGUCCCCGUGUGUAAAAAUGGCGGCGUGGAGGCAAAAGUUGGGACGCUUGAGAAGCAGCAGCAGCAGGGGUCAUGAUACUGGACCAGACUGGCUAACAGUGGCCUUGCUUAGAAUGCGGACUGGACCUCGCAGUACUUGCUUGCUCUCUAUGGAUUGGACAAUCCAACAACAACAACAGCCCCUUAAACUCCCCCAUUAAUCUGCUGGAAGAGGACUCACGUAAAACAAAGGUACUUCAAUCGCUUCUGGACCUCUGUCUGACCGGGUGGAUGAUACAAAGGGGCCAGACCUUAGAGAGCAGGACCAGCUAGCAGGACCAGCUAGCAGGACUCUGAGAUGUGUUU